AUGACCUCCGACCGACCCCCAACCGCCAAACACGCCUCCCUCUCCUUCCCCCUCCCGCACAUCCUCCUUGUCACCCUCAACCGGCCCCGCGAGCUCAACUGCAUCAACUCCCAGGGCCACGCCGAACUCGACGCCAUAUGGCGCUGGAUGGACGAGAAUCCCGCGUUGCGAGUCGGCGUUUUGACCGGAGCAGGGAAGGCGUUCUGUGCUGGUGCUGAUCUAAAAGAAUGGCUCUCCACCACCACCACCACCACCACCAAUACCACCCCCCAAACUCAUAAACCUAAAGACACCCCAACAACCCCACCCACGGGCUUCGGAGGCCUCUCGCGCCGCACGGGCAAGAAACCCAUCAUCCUGGCCGUCAAUGGCCUAUGCCUCGGAGGCGGCAGCGAGAUGGCUGUCAACGCAGACCUGGUGAUCGCGUCGGAGCGGGCAUAUUUCGGGUUCCCUGAGGUAGCGCGCGGGGUGGUGGCGUGGGCGGGGGCGCUGCCGCGGCUGGUGCGGACGGUGGGGCGGCAGCGGGCGCUGGAGAUGGUAUUGACGGGGCGGAAGGUCAGCGCGGCUGAGGCGCUGCGGUGGGGUCUGGUGAAUGAGGUGGUGCCCAUGGAUGCCGAGGGGGAGCCGGAGCGGGAUGUGGUGCACCGCGCGCUGGAGGUCGCUGGACGCAUUGCGGCCAAUAGUCCCGAUGCAGUGAUGGUCAGUCGUGCCGGAGUGAAUCUCGGCUGGGAGGGGACCGGGGCCGACGAGGCGACGGUCAAGCUGAUGGAGGAUUGGAUGGACAAGCUGAAUGCGGGCGAGAAUAUCAAGGAGGGUUUGAGGGCAUUUGUGGAAAAGCGACAUCCCAAGUGGUUGGACAGUAAGUUGUAG